AUGGAUGGUGAUUCUGGUUUCAGUGGGAUUGUCAAAAUUUCCAACGUCAGCGAUUUUAUUGUCCCUGCACAGGCAUGCAUCUUACCACUUCAAUCGAAGGAGUCCGAUAUGGAGGUUCAAAUUCGAGAUAGGAAUCGGUCCAAAAAAAAUGAUAACAGUGCAGUAAAGAAAGUAUCGAUUACAUUAAAUGAUUGUCUGUCAUGCAGUGGUUGUAUUACAAGUGCAGAAACAAUACUUAUUAAGGAACAAUCGAAACCGAAAUUUUUGGAGGGUUUGGCAAGUGCGCAAUUGAGCGUAGUGACCGUUUCACCGCAAUCAAUAGCAUCCAUUGCCUAUAAACGUGGUUGCCAGCAGUCAGAAGCAGCGAGACUCAUUGCCGGAAUUUUCAAGAAUAUGGGAAUAACAUAUGUCGUUGAUUCGAGCUUUGGAAGGCUACUAACUUUAUCGCUCUCUUAUGAUGAAUUUAAGGAAGCGCAGCUACAGCGACCAGUUUUUACAGGUGUUUGUCCAGGUUUCGUGUGCUAUGCUGAGAAAACUCAUGGAGCAUUACUUAUCCCUCAUAUUAGUCGCGUGCGAUCACCACAAGCCAUGAUGGGUGCACUUGUGAAGGACUAUCUAGCAAGGAAGUUUGACAUGAGACCGGAAAAAAUAUUUCAUGCCUCUAUCAUGCCAUGUUUCGACAAGAAACUUGAAGCUGCGCGCUCGGUUCCGGGGGAUCACCCCGACUGCCGUGAAGUUGACUGCGUUUUAAGUACAGGGGAAGUAGAGGAAAUUUUGGAUGAAUAUAGCCCAAUAGAGAGUCCUUCAGCUUCUGGAAAAAUGGAUUGGUUAAAUGCACUGGAGAAUGGUAUGAUAAUUAAUUCGGAGGGAGGCUCUUCAGGUGGUUACGCUGAAUACAUUGUGAAAAGAUUUGUUGCAGAAUCAAGAAGACCGUUGGAAUUGAAGAGAACUAUAAAGGACAAAAAUUGGGAAAUUAUUGAAGCAAUAGAUGAUGGAACGAAGAUGCUAGCCGUGGCAAAAUGUUAUGGAUUUCGUAACAUCCAGAAUUAUGUGCAAAAAUUGAAACGCUCCAAAUGUAAUUAUGAUUACAUUGAAAUCAUGGCUUGUCCAUCGGGAUGUAUUAAUGGUGGCGGACAAAUCCGUGGUGCCUCGAUUGAAGAAAGGAAACAGAUCUUAGAUGCAAUCGAAUUACCGUGCUCAGAUAAUAAUUCAGAAAUGAAAGAGGAGCUAGAACGUGUAAAAGAAGAGUGGUCAAUGCUAAAUCCAGACUGGAUGGAUUUACUCUAUACGAAGUACUAUGCAGUGAAGAAAAGUAUUGCUGACAGAAUAAGUACGAGUUGGUAA